GGUGCUGGUCGUACUGCGCAGCCUCAUGCACCAGUAGAGAAUCAUUUGCAGCUGCCGGCGAUUCAACAUAAAGCGACCACAGCAAGCAAUUCUUCAUCUAGAAUGUUUUCCCCGAAAAACGGAGAGGUUGCAGCGUCUCUCAAGAUAGCAUCACCACCUUCUACGCUUAAGGCAAGUUGUUUUAUUUGUGUAAAUAUUUUGUCAUUCUUCAGCUAAAGUGGCGAGGAAGCCGUUUUUAGUAGCAAAUUCGUUUAGCUCUAAAAUACGCCAAAAACGCGCUUCAGGCCCCGCCCCCGGCCGGAGUCCUCCGCAAGCUAAGAGAAGUAAAGACUCAUCUGCCCAUCAAGACCAAAAGAAGGCAGUAGAGGACCUAGAAGAGCAAAAGUUACACGACCAACUACAUGACCCAUCGUCGUCGCGGUCCUACCAGUUUGCAACUGGGAAAUUCGGAAGAGACCUGCAGGACGAGCAGGAUCAUCAAGAAGAAGCUGGGCCUCCAGGUGGUGGUGCCGAGGUGUUACUCUGCGACCCUUCAGUGCGACAGAAUCAUGUAGUUCCUGCAUCUAGGACGUCAACGUCUUCAUCUGAAUUCUUCAGAGGGCAACAUCAACAUCAUCAAGAAAAACAGCAACAUUUUGCCUAUGGCGAUUAUAGUGGUCGAAUCUUACAGUCCUCUACUUCUACUACGUCAGCACUGAGUCCAGCAUCAAAGUUGUCGCGUGUCGAGAUCAAAAGCAACUACAAGUACCAACCGGGUAACAUGCCGGAUGUAGCCUACGUCAGCAGCGAGGGCAUACUGUCAGAAAGAGGUGUUCCACUAUCGCCGAAAGCAGAACGACAACCACAUGACCCGCCACGCCCAUUGUUCUACAGCGAGGAGCCUAUGGAGGUCGAUUCGGGUGCAGCUCCAGUAAACACCCUAGCAGAUGAGCAGAAGCAAUUCGUAGGACAUCAAGCACAAGGACAAGACCAACAUGAUGCACAAGUUGGUCAUCAAAAUCAAUCUCGAUCAUCAUCUAUGAUAGUUAAAACGCCGCCGAACGCAAUUGGCAGAAGUAGUAGAAAUAUGAGAAGAUCGAGUACUACGAGUUAUAACCUCGAAGAAGAAGAUGUUGAUGAGUGGAGCACCGGAUACAACCCCUAUGACAAUAGCCAGCGCGUUUACCGGUAUCCGCCGAAGAAAGCCAAGGCCCCGCAAGGACUGUAUGGAAAUGCUGGAUUCAAAUGGCUCUGCUGCUAAAAAUAAGUGUGUUGAUUCAUUUUCUUGAUUAUAACGCAGAUUGAUAUUAAUUACUAUUCUGGUCGCGAUUUCUUCAUCUUGAAGAGAUCAUCGUCAUUCUUUCUCCCUCAAGUAAGUACAACGGCUCCUUGCUACUUCAUCAGUCUUAACGACGACGUUCAAGACCUUUCAUUUUCCUGGAGGUUCAGAGCGACUGGAAGGCAUGCUAGAGGAGUCUGCACUAGAGCAUACUUUUGACCCUAGGGCCGCGACAACACAUCUUGUGCCGCGAAGCGAAUUGAUUGAAAUCGAAAAACCGAGUGCCGCACUUGCCCCUACCGCAACCCAUAGCGCUCCUCAUAAGACCCUGGAAGUGGACCCCAUGCUGAAUGCGACAAAUAUGCCGCAUCGAUAUACAGCGAAUUAUAUUACGGCAGAUUGACACUGACCACAGCCACACUGGCUCUGACACUGUUGUCUCACUGUUUCGCUUCGGACAUUUUUUUAUCACUAGUGCAUGCACAUUAUACAAAGCAGUUUAUCGCACGAAUGGUGCAUGGAGUGCAUGGAGCCCAGACCGAUACGGGACGCAAGAAGCGCCCCCUUUAGCUCCAUGCAACUCCAUACCAUCCAAGUCCAUGCACUCCAUGCCAUGCGAGCUGGCAAACCUUAGAGAUCAACCUCGUGCAAGUACCUGCACCGAAGCAGGGAACUGAUUAGGAUCAUUCUGCUUGUUCUUUCCAAUUUACUGCCCGUGCUACUUACUUAUAUAUUUAAAUAUUUAUCAUAAUAUCGCGACCAAGUCUUAUUUAAUGCGAGUAAUUCUGGACUAGGACGACUUUCUGGAGUCCUCUACUAAUUCUAGUGCAGAAACAGGACCAUUUGAAGACCAAGACCUGCCUGAGCCAGGGUUUGAGCAGCAGGAUAUUGCAAUGACUGUCGACGACGCUGCGGGAGCGCCACAGCGUGAGGCAGCCGCGGCUAGAAGUACCCCAGCAGGUCCAAGUAGCCCUUUUAUGGAAGGUGCUUCUUUAUCCAUCUCUUGUCAGCCUCGGUAUCGGUAUGGACGACAAAGAUCGUCCUCAACAUGGUCGCGGUCAUUUUCAUGAGAACCUGGACCUGUAUUGAAGCAGAGAAGCAUUUCUUUUUAGUUUUCUAAAAUGCUAGAAAAUAUCUACAAGCUACAACAGAUUCCUUUUAUAGUUUCAAAGAAACUCGUCAUUAUCAUACGGACCCAGUACGUUGUACCCCCACUCCUAGUCGUCCUGCUUCUAUUAUGAGAAAAGCCUCCCUUGUCACCCUUGUUCUUCAUUCCGCCAUCGUACAACAACCGGCAAGCCGCGCACCAACAAGAGCAAGUCUAUGGAGGUGGAGUCACCAAAUCCACAACUUCAGAAUACACCUUAAUGGAGUCGGGCCUUAUUGCACCUACUCGCGAAGAACCCAAAAUCCUAUGCCCUCAUUGUGGACGUAUCAUCUUCAAAUAAGUUUGAAUUUAUCAAGAUCAUCCCUGCUCUGCGUCUUAAACCUCCGAUGAAACUGAAAAUCGUGUGUGUGUAUGAUCAGAAGUACUAACUUACACAUAGACAUAGAUACACAACUACAGACGUCACUGUCAUUAAUAGAUAAAUUCUCAAAUAAGGUAAAUUUGCGGAAGCUGCGAGUAUACGGCAUAUAGCGGUUUGUGCGCGACUAAAGUCUAAACCGAAGGGAGCUUGUCGCAACCAAAAACAGCGCAUGCGAACAGAUCACCUUGGCCGUCGUGUUCCUGUAGAAGAUGUGUCACCAAGUAACAAGGACAUGAUCUUCCUCGGUCGUGAAGGCAUAGAAGCAGUGGAAAAUACAACUGUGCUUACGGCCAUUAUCAUUAUCAUUAUCAUUAUCGUGACCGCCCUUUUCGCUUUUCUAUCUUCCUCUGGUCUUUCUUUUUUCUAGUUAGGUCUCUCUGCUCGGCCACAAUUAUCGCACUAAUCUAGAGCACUUAGAAGACAUUUUCUACUAUGACCUUCAUCUUGAAGCUGAACUAAUUGUCAUCUGUAAAGUGUGAGAAUUAAGAAGCACUUCGACACUCAUUCUAUUAUUCUCCACAACGGGUAUUAAGAAGCAGUUGUUCUACGCUCAACGCUCAUUCUAUUAUUCUCUACCUGCUGAUAAUAGAAUGAGCUGACGAUUGUACUAACUUCUCCUCGUCUAAUCGCUCAUCCUCUGAGCCAAGAACGUCUCGCCAAGAGUUGCAGGCACAGUGGGAGCAAGUACGUUUGUUGCUUUCUUCGGGAGUGCAGGGUGUCGCGUCUGAGCAAGCCAUCGCGACAACUAUGCGCACAACAGACGAAGGGCUCUCAUGGCUCCGUGAGGCGAUAGAGACUGCAGCGAAGCUGCAAGUUAGGAAAGGUACAGAAGAUUUUACAACAAAUACAAUAUGAUCAGGACUUAUUCAUUGCAAUCACAUCAACGGUAAACGAUCAUACGUACAUGAUGUAAAGACACUUACAUAGAAACCUUGCUACAAUUUGGUAGAACCAAAAUGCUAUUGCUAGUGUUCCGACUAACUUUUUUCACAACCGUAUCACCUCACUCUGUAUGGUUCUGGUAUUUUUGGUAUAGCCUGAAUUUGAUCCUAAGGGUUCUCUCCUUGUUUUCCCUUAGGAUCAAACUCAGGCUAUACCAAAUACCAGAACCAUUCACACUCUCCUUCUACUAACUACACUCAACAUACUUAUGUUUCGCUGCUGCUCAGGUCACUUUUGCCGUUCUCUUUUGUCUUCGUCUCCGCCUCCUGCCGAAUGGAAGUUAAAGAGCGACGUUCGCGAGAGGCUGCAGCUGCAAGGGAUUAGUGUCCGUAAAUUGCUGAAAAUCAAAGUCUCCGAUGACGCAGACGUUGACCUACUUUAAGAGCAGUAGCAAUGAUUGCAACUUUUUCUGCGCUCUACUUAGUUGUAAUUACAAUUAUACAUAGUCAUAGACAACAUCGCAGUCAGAGGAGGACAGUGAGGAAAAAAAAGGAAUAAAACCGCUAUUCGCGGCUUCGCGAAUCGGAUAAACGUUCUUUUCAAGUAGGGAAAACCACAGGCAAGAACUUGCAGCUAGUGUACUAACAAGUUCACUACUGAUUCUGAUUCUACUUGAAGAUAUUGCAUCUCAUCGUCUAUAUGAUCUAAUCUCUCUUGGACUCUUUGCGCUUGGUGAAGGCGUUCUUUCAGAACCUGGAUUAUGUCUGUCGAGAAGAGCAAGCACAGCAAUUUCAGGGGACAAACCAGGAGCGCGCAGACUACAUCCGACAGCAUUUUUUGGGCUGAAGCAAAUGCCGUGGAAUUCGAGUUGCUACUCAGCAAGUCUGCCUACCUAUAAUCAUCUUAUUUUAUGAAAAUCGUACUGGUACUGGUACAGACACAGAGCAAGCAUUUGCUGUCGAGUUUCUAGGACUGUAGUUUUUGCACAUACUUUGGGUUUAGCUUUACCUUUACAAUAAAUCGCCGAAUUAUUUUGGGCGAUUACAGACAGUUUGGAACAACUUCUAACACAUACAUCUUUUACUUAUCGAUUACCCUGCAUGAUUGGAACAGUCAAUCCCUAAUAUGUUCCUCCCGAUCUUUAUCUUGGUUUGUGAGACUGGUGUCAAACACUGCGUCAUUGUUGUAUUGAGCUUCAUUUCCAUAUUUAAUCUCCAAUAUAGAUUAGAAAAAGAAAUGGCAGACUUCGUAAAAAAAAUCUUGCAG